GCGAGGUUAUUACUAAGCACGGUGUGGAUGCGAGCAGAGUGAAUGCUUAGAGCAUCAAGUUGGGUUGUGGAUACAAGAAGCAAGGAUAGGCAGGUGGCCUGAAGCAUUGGCAUUGGGAGUCUGCUACUGGUACUUUCGUUGCUUAGACGUAUGUACGGGAGGAAAAGCGAAAGAGCGGCGAGAAGGGGACGUUGGUUCAAUUGUGGACGCUACUGGACGAAUAUGAACGGUCAGACGAACGGACAGAGCAAUCCGCCGCCACCAGGUAUAUAUGGCGUAAGUAUGCAGCAUCCGAGUGGGUUGAAUCAAAUGGCACCCUCGAGUGCUGGUUCCGGUGCUAGUAACGCCGCCUAUCAAGCGCACCAGCCGAGUGGGCAUUGGAAUGCGCAGACAUGGCCGGGACCAUGGCAAGUAACUGGUGCAUGGGCGAUGCCCCCUGCUCAGCCGGUGCCGAUGGUGCCGAUGGUACAGACUGCGCAACAGAUGAUGGUGCAACCUCCGGUUAUGACUCCACAAGUUAUAACGCCACAGGUUAUUGCUCUGCAAGCUUUGCCGCCGGCUUUGCCACCGGCUCUGCCUCAGGCAAAUGGCACUGCGCACCAACAAUCGAGCAACCAGUUCCGCUCGAUCCAGAAUUCUCAGUCCGGGGAGAAUAGGUCGCAACAUGCGAGUAAAGUUGUGAAUGUCUUCCCGGGACCGGGGAAUCGCGCAUAUUUUACCAAGAAGUGUAUGGAUCUGCUGGAGGAGAUUAAGACUACCAAGGUGUUAGAUGAAGCAAAAAAAAGGAUGGCGGGUAAUAGGCGUGGAGGGGGGAUCCAAAUCUCUGGCACCUCCGGUAAAAGUCACAUUGGGCAGAUUCGCAACAGUGAUAAGAGUGAUGAGAUGAAGGCUUGGGUCUCAUCCACUCUGGGUGAUUCGCUGAAACUCAUUACUAAGAAACUGGAGGAAGUAGAUGCUAAAGCUAGUGUGGCCGUGGCGGAGAAGGAAGAGCUCGUGAAGCUCAGAGCGGAAAAAGCAGCCCUGGAAAUGGCGAUGUGUAACAAAGUAAAGGAAACCAGUAGUGAGAAGAGGAAGAGAGUUACGGCUGCCCGUGCAGCCCCUGCGGUGCACGCACGGAUCACCCCGAAGAACAGUGAAGCAAAUGCGCGAUCAUGGAGCAGUUCAAAGUCGAGAACACGUAGAGUGGAGAUCUUAUCUGACGAAGACGGAGAUGAUGAUGGGGUACAACAGAACUUGGCUCCGAAGCAGGAGAAGAGCAGCGACUUGUCGGAAGUUAAGAGAUUGCUUUCUGAAUUGGUGCAGGGCCUGGCGGAACAGAAAGGGAAGAAGCAUGCGGUUUUCCCUGAGUCGGUACCUAAGCCAGGAUCACAAUCCGAUGAUGCAGAAGAUGUGGACCUCACGCAGAAACCAAACCAGGCGGAAGAGGCUGACGCUGAUGAAGAUGGGCUUGCUGCAUACAUGAAAAUGCGGCAAGACUUCUAUAUGUCAUUACAUUUUUCUCGAGUACAAGAGCUGUGUAAGCAGAGGGGAGUGCAAUACGUUCGCAAAGACGCCGGAUCCUGGGAGCUGGCACGAUUGGACCUGCAGGAGUACGUGGAUCAACUGAAGAACGAAGCCCCGAAGGUUGCUGCUGAGCCAUCUCGGAACCAUGACAACGAGGAUCUGAACGAUGUUGCCGGGAACGGUGCUGUUACCGGCAAGUAGCAUAUUCGAAGUCUCCGUUCCUUGAAACGGGCAGUUAAUAGGAUUUCUAAAAUGAAGGAAAUGGUGGAUA